UUUAUUUUGUUUUUAUUUGGUUCUCAACUUAUUAUUUUAAAUAUAGUAGUGAUAUAGUAGAAUUAUAAAUAAUGGAUGAUGUUUUAGUGUUGAAAGAUUACAAAACUGUUCCUGAUGUUGUUCAUGAAUACAACAGUACUUUGCAGUAUGGCAAUGUCCCUUUAGUUAUUGAUAACGGUUCGUAUCAAUGCAGAGUUGGUUGGUCCAUAUACGAUGAGCCUCAAUUGAUAUUUAAAAACCUGAUAGCCCGGCCAAGGAAAGAUAGAUGUAAAAAGGAUGCUGAGCCUCCAGUAACACCACCAAUUCAAAUUGGAAAUGAUAUAAUUAAUAUUGAAGCUGUUAGGUUUCAACUUAAAACUCAGUUUGACAAAAAUGUAGUAACACAUUUUGAGGCUCAAGAGCAAGUAUUGGAUUACAUCUUUUCACAUUUGGGUAUAAAUAGUGAUGGUCAUGUGGCACAUCCAAUUGUAAUGACAGAAGCAUUUGUAACACCAAAUUACUGCAGACAAUUGAUGUCAGAACUGCUGUUUGAGGGAUAUGGCAUUCCAGCUGUCAGUUAUGGUGUUGACUCUUUGUUCAGCAUGUACAAGAAUGAUAUUGGUGACACAGCACUCAUCAUCAACUGUGGCUAUCAUACUAUACAUAUAACACCGGUCAUCAGAGGAAAAGUCAUUGUAGAGCAUGCCAGAAGAAUCAAUUUGGGUGGCAGUGAGAUGAUAUCUUACUUGCAUAAAUUACUUCAACUGAAAUAUCCAGUUCAUGUAAAUGCUAUCACAAUGUCUCGGAUUGAAGAGAUUUUACAAGAACAUUCUUCAAUAGCUUUAGAUUAUCAAGAGGAGAUAAGGAAAUGGGCUAACCCUGACUAUUACGAAGCUAAUGUUAAGAGAAUACAACUGCCAUUUAUACAGUCUUCAAGUUCAUCUGGUCUUACAGCUGAGCAACAAAAAGAACGCAAGAAGGAAAUGGCGCGCAGGUUACUCGAAAUAAAUGCAAGGAAACGAGAGGAACGCCUUGCAGAAGAUGAGGAAAUGCUUAACCAGUUGUGUUCCAUACAGGAUAUGAUAGAAGAUGGUGACACUGAUGAAUUCAAUGAGGCAAUUAAAGGUUUCGAUAUUAAAAGCUAUGAAGACCUUCAACGCCAAAUCGCAAAUGUUAAUUUGAGGAUAGAAAAGAAUAAACAACGUAUCGCUGCCGCUGCAAAUGCUGAGGAGAAUUUAGACACACGACCAAAUACCGGACGUAUGCAGCCGCCUACUGAUCCCGAGGCGUUCCAGAUAUGGCUCAACGAUACGCGAGCCAAGUACCGGGCGCUGUCAGCGGCGCGGGCGGCACGGCGCGCUCGCCGCGCGGCCAUGCUGCGGCGCCGCACGCCGGCCGCCGCCGAGCGUAUGCGCGUCAUAUCGCGCCUCGCCGCCGCCGGCGACGACUUCGGCGCGCAGGACUCUGACUGGGACGCCUACAAGAGCAUAAGUAGAGAAGCAGAUUCUGAUUCCGAAGCUGACGGAGAGCGCUUGAUGGAAUUGGAAGAAGCACUCCGUGAGUACGAACCACAGCUGUCCUCUCAUCAGCACCAUCAGUUGCACUUGGCUAUUGAACCUUUCAGAGCUCCAGAAUUAAUGUUUCAACCGUCAAUGAUGGGGAACUUGGAAGCUGGUUUAGCAGAAACAAUGGAAUAUGUAUUUAAGCACUUCAGUCCUGAGGAUCAACUAUUGCUAGCUAACAAUGUGUUUCUCACUGGAGGUUGUUCACAAUUUCCAGGUCUCAAAGAAAGAUUGGAGAGAGAGCUUCUCGAAAUGAGACCUUUCCAAUCUACACACAAGGUAGUUACGGCUGCAAAUCCCAGCCUAGAUUCGUGGUACGGUGCCAGAGAUUUUGCGGGCAGUAAUGAAUUUGAAAACUGGUGUAUUUCCAAAGAAGAAUAUUAUGAGAUGGGCGGUGAAUAUCUAAAGGAGCACUACGCCAGUAAUAUUUACUACAAAAGUCCUGCGCCUAUUGUGGACACCACAUUAGCACCGGCCGGCGACGCUAAUGUCAUUAAAGAGGAAAUAGUAGUAGAUUGUUAAUCAAUUUUGGCGUCUUUCAAUAUAUUUCCAUAUGCAACUCUGAAUAAUCUUUUUGUUUAAUUCCCAACGUAUUUG